AUGUCGGUCACUCUCCAUACCACGCACGGCGACCUCAAGGUCGAGCUUUUCUGCGAAGCAGUGCCCAAGACCGCGGAGAACUUCAUUGCCCUCUGCGCGACCGGCGCAUACAACAACACCCCGUUCCACCGUCUAAUGCCCGGCUUCAUGAUUCAAGGCGGCGACAUCUCCCUCGGACCAGCAGUGAGCUCUGGCGAAAGCACAAAGGCCAUACUUCCCUUCGACGACAUUCCGAAAGGCGGCACUUCAAUCUACCAUCCCUCAGCGCUGAACCAAGAAAUCCAGCUUCCCGCCCUUCGGCAUAAUACGCGCGGAAUCCUGUCUAUGGCUUCUCGGCCAGUAAAAAACCAGACAGCGCCCGGCUCUCAGGGUGCUACCGGUCAGACGAUAAACGGAAGCCAGUUCUUCAUUACCUUUGCUGCGGCUCCGCAUCUCGAUGGGACGAGCACUGUUUUUGGCAAGGUGUUGAACUUAACAGCGCAAGAUGAGGGCGGCGAUGUACUCACGAAGUUGGAGAAGGCAAACGCAAAGAUUGAUAAGAAGGGGAGAGUUGUUCAGCCGAAGGAGGGCGAAGAGACGGAAUAUGAGGCGCUUCGGAUCAAUAACGUUACGAUUCAUGCCAACCCGUUUGCUUGA